GUUAUGGAAAGGGGGGCUUUGAGUUCUUCAGGGUUUAUUCCUGUUGGUGUGCGGUUUGUUUUCGGGAGAACCCAACGUGUGCUUAACAUGUUGUUCUAGAUUUUGAGCUGUUGUGUGUGGAUUCUGAGCUUAUCUCAGGUCCUCUGUCCUCUCUGGCUUGUUUUAAUAAAGGAGAGCCUUUUUCAACCACUUUCUGAAAAUUGGCCUUGUUCGGUUUUUAACAACGUGGUUUCCUUCACUGGCAUCCCCAGGGGUCCUUGUAGAGAAAGAGCAGGAGCAGAUUGCUUUAUCAGAGAUGCCAUGCCAGGCUCAGGGAGAGCUGUUCCCAGCCCAAGAGCAGGAAGAGCAGCUCAGGCAGCAGGUGGAAGAGCCACAGCAGAAUGACCAGAACAUCAAGGCAGAGCCACAAGCAGAGCUGCCCAAAGCUCAGAGUGCCAUCAUGGCAGUGGAGAGGAGGAAGAAGGAAGACAUGAGAAGAAUUCAAGAGGAGAUUCAUCUCCACCAGCACAGGGGCAAUCAACAAAAACAGGUAAGUGAAAGAGUGGCAGCCACUCCACCCAUGAAACAGCGUGUUUAUUCUUGGUUACAGACCAUCAAGGAAGAUGUGCAGGCGGAGCUGCAGGAAUCUGAGGAUAGGAACAAGGAAGGGGUGAGGAGGCUGGAGGAAGAAAUGAAAAUCAUCAGAGAGAAACUUAACCGCCUCCCUUGGGCUCUGAAAAAGCAAGUGACAAAAGCAACAGCCAUCUCUCCCCUGGCUCCCUCUGCUCCUGGAGAAGAUGCCAAAAAGGAGCAAAAUGAGCAGGACAACCACAUGCGCCCAGCCGUGGUCACAGCCCAGCCUGAUCAUCCCAAGAGAGUCCUUGUAGAGAAAGAGCCAGAGCAGAUUGCUUUAUCAGAGAUGCCAUGCCAGGCUCAGGGAGAGCUGUUCCCAGCCCGAGAGCAGGAAGAGCAGCUCAGGCAGCAGGUGGAAGAGGCACAGCAGAAUGGCCAGAACAUCAAGGCAGAGCCAGAAGCAGAGCUGCUCAAAGCUCAGAGUGCCAUCAUGGCAGUGGAGAGGAGGAAGAAGGAAGACAUGAGAAGAAUUCAAGAGGAGAUUCAUCUCCACCAGCACAGGGGCGAUCAACAAAAACAUGUAAGUGAAAGAGUGGCAGCCACUCCACCCACGAAACAGCGUGUUUAUUCUUGGUUACAGACCAUCAAGGAAGAUGUGCAGGCGGAGCUGCAGGAAUCUGAGGAUAGGAACAAGGAAAGGGUGAGGAGGCUGGAGGAAGAAAUGAAAAUCAUCAGAGAGAAACUUAACCGCCUCCCUUGGGCUCUACAAAAGCAAGUGACAAAAGCAACAGCCAUCUCUCCCCUGGCUCCCUCUGCUCCUGGAGAAGAUGCCAAAAAGGAGCAAAAUGAGCAGGAUAACCACAUGCGCCCAGCCGUGGUCACAGCCCAGCCUGAUCAUCCCAAGAGAAACAUCAAGUCAGAGCCCCAAGCAGAGCUGCCCAAAGCUCAGAGUGCCAUCAUGGCAGUGGAGAGGAGGAAGAAGGAAGACAUGAGAAGAAUUCAAGAGGAGAUUCAUCUCCACCAGCACAGGGGCAACGAACAAAAACAUACCAUCAAGGAAGAUGUGCAGGCGGAGCUGCAGGAAUCUGAGGAUAGGAACAAGGAAAGGGUGAGGAGGCUGGAGGAAGAAAUGAAAAUCAUCAGAGAGAAACUUAACCGCCUCCCUUGGGGUCUGAAAAAGCAAGAGACAAAAGCAACAGCCAUCUCUCCCCUGGCUCCCUCUGCUCCUGGAGAAGAUGCCAAAAAGGAGCAAAAUGAGCAGGAUAACCACAUGCGCCCAGCCGUGGUCACAGCCCAGCCUGAUCAUCCCAAGAGAGUCCUUGUAGAGAAAGAGCAGGAGCAGAUGGCUUUAUCAGAGAUGCCAUGCCAGGCUCAGGGAGAGCUGUUCCCAGCCCGAAAGCAGGAAGAGCAGCUCAGGCAGCAGGUGGAAGAGCCAGAGCAGAAUGGCCAGAACAUUUACAAACAGAUGCCGGCAGAGCUGCAGGAAACUGAGGCUAGGAACAAGGCAAGGAAGAAGAGGCCAGAAGAAAUUCUUGAAAUCAUCAUAAAGAAAUUUAAACUCCUCCUUCAGGAGAAAAUGGCUCUAGAUGCGAAAGUGCAUGUGUUGACAUCCUACCUGGAAGCCUUUGAAGAGUUCCAGCAAAUGACAGGAGACCAAGAGACCCAAGACUGGAGUGAGGCCCAGGAACCAAACCAACCAGAGAUGCUGCAGGAUAAGCACAUCCCCAGGAUGGUGCAGGAAAAGACAAAUCAAGACCGGGAGGUAAAAACAUUAGAACGAGGAGCUGCAAUGUGUCUGCAGCCUAAGAGGGGGAAAGGAGUCCUUGGGAGGAUGUAG